AGGUUCCCUAGCUUCGGGAGCUUCGGCCUGAGUCGACCACCGCUCUGCGCGUCUUCGCUUCGCUCGCACCGCCACCGCCGCCGCCAUGCCCGCCCCGCCGAAGAAGACCAACCCAGCGGACGAUCCGGAUCCGUCUCAAUAUCUGUACGUCUCGCUGGAGCAGAAGCGUAUCGACCAGACCAAGCCGUUCGAUGCCAAGACGGCCGCAUGGGUGCCGGACGACGCGGACGGCUUUGUGCAGGGCAAGAUCACCGGCACCAAGGGUGACCUGGUCACCGUGUCACUGCCCGGAGGCGAGGAAAAGAACUUCAAGAAGGAGCAGGUCCAGCAGGUCAACCCGCCCAAGUACGAAAAAUGCGAGGACAUGUCCAACUUGACAUACCUCAACGACGCGUCUGUGCUGAACAACCUGAAGCAGCGCUACUACAUCAAGCUGAUCUACACCUACUCCGGCCUCUUCUGCGUGGCCAUCAACCCGUACAAGCGGUUCCCGAUCUACACCAACCGCGCCAUCUCCAUCUACAAGGGGCGCAGGCGCAAUGAGGUGCCGCCCCACAUCUUCGCCAUCUCUGACGGCGCCUACACCGACAUGUUGACCAACUCUGAAAACCAGUCCAUGUUGAUCACCGGCGAGUCGGGCGCCGGCAAGACAGAGAACACCAAGAAGGUAAUCGCGUACUUCGCCAACGUCGGCGCGUCGGGCAAGAAGAAGGAUGACGGCAAGGGCAACCUCGAGGACCAGGUGGUGCAGACCAACCCCGUCCUGGAGGCGUUCGGCAACGCUAAGACGACCCGUAACGACAACAGCUCCCGCUUCGGAAAGUUCAUCCGCAUCCACUUCGGCCUGGCCGGCAAGCUGGCGGGCGCCGAUAUCGAGACCUACCUGCUGGAGAAGGCGCGUGUCAUCUCGCAGCAGCCGCUCGAGCGCUCCUACCACAUCUUCUACCAGAUGAUGUCCGGCGCCAUCGACGGACUCAAAGAGCUGGCGAUCCUGAGUAAUGACAUCCACGACUACCACUACGUAUCGCAGGGCAAAACGUCUAUUCCGGGCGUCGACGACGGCGAGGAGAUGACAUUCACUGAUACGGCCUUCGACGUGCUCCAGUUCAACCAGGAGGAGAAGCAUAAUAUUUACAAGAUCACCGCCGCUGUCAUGCACAUCGGCGAAAUGAAGUUCAAGCAGAAGGGACGCGAGGAGCAGGCUGAGGCGGACGGCACCGCGGAGGGUGAGCGUGUCGCCAAGCUGAUCGGCGUCGACGGCGCGAUGCUGUACACCAACCUGCUGAAGCCCAAGAUCAAGGUCGGCAACGAGUUCGUCACCCAGGGCCGCAACAAGGACCAGGUGUACUACUCGGUCGGCGCCAUGGCCAAGGCCAUGUUCGACAGGCUCUUCAAGUGGCUGGUGAAGAAGGUGAACGUGACGCUGGACACCAAACAGAAGCGCGCUCACUUCAUCGGUGUGCUGGACAUCGCCGGCUUUGAGAUCUUCGACUUCAACGGCUUCGAGCAGUUGUGCAUCAACUUCACCAACGAGAAGCUGCAGCAGUUCUUUAACCACCACAUGUUCGUACUUGAGCAAGAAGAGUACAAGCGUGAAGGCAUUAACUGGACGUUUGUGGACUUUGGUAUGGAUCUGCAGGCUUGCAUUGAGCUGAUGGAAAAGCCCAUGGGCGUGCUCUCCAUCCUGGAGGAGGAGAGCAUGUUCCCCAAGGCCACCGACAAGUCGUUCGAGGAGAAGCUGAAGAACAACCACCUGGGCAAGUCGUCCUGCUUCAUCAAGCCGAAGCCCCCCAAGCCGGGCCAGAAGGAGGCCCACUUCGCCAUUGUCCACUACGCUGGAACGGUGGCAUACAACAUCACGGGCUGGCUGGAGAAGAACAAGGACCCGCUGAACGACACGGUCGUCGACCAGUUCAAGAAGGGCGCCAACGCACUGGCCGUGGAGAUCUUCGCCGACCACCCUGGCCAGUCGGCUCCAGCUGAGGCUGGCGGCGGCAAGGGCGGAAAGCGCCAAAAGGGUUCCGGAUUCCAAACCGUGUCGAACAUGUACAAGGAGCAGCUCAACGGCCUCAUGAAGACCCUGAACAGCACUCAGCCCCACUUCAUCCGCUGCAUCAUCCCCAACGAGUUCAAGCAGACAGGUGUGAUCGACUCCCACCUGGUGAUGCACCAGCUGACCUGCAACGGUGUGCUUGAAGGCAUCCGUAUUUGCCGCAAGGGCUUCCCCAACAGGAUGGUGUACUCUGACUUCAAGCACCGGUACAAGAUCCUGGCUGCUCAGGAGAUGGCUAAGGAAAAGGUGGACCAGGACGCGGCGGCUGCCUGCUUCGAAAAAAUCCAGUUGGAUAAGGAGCUGUACCGUCUAGGACAUACUAAGGUGUUCUUCCGCGCCGGAGUGCUGGGUCAGAUGGAGGAGCUCCGCGACGACCGUCUGGCCAAGAUCUUCUCGUGGCUGCAGGCCUGGAUCCGUGGCUACUUCUCCCGCAAGGAGUACAAGAAGCUCCAGGACCAGAGAAUCGCUCUCCAGGUGGUACAGCGCAACCUGCGCAAGUACAUGCAGCUGCGCAACUGGAUGUGGUUCAAGCUGUGGCAGAAGAUCAAGCCCAUGCUCAACGUCACGCGCAUCGAGGAUGAAAUGCGCGCCCUGGAGGAGAAGGCGCAGAAGGCCCUCGAAGCGCUGGAGAAGGAGGAGAAGUUGCGCAAGCAGCUGGAGGAACAGAACGCCAAGCUGAACAAGGAGAAGGACGACCUUACGUCGGCCCUCGACUCGGAGAAGGGCUCGCUCAGCGACUUCCACACCAAGCAGCAGAAGCUGCAGGCGCAGAAGCAGGACCUCGAGAACCAGCUGUCGGACACACAAGACCGCCUGGCCCAGGAGGAAGAGGCCCGCAACGCCCUGAACCAGGGCAAGAAGAAGCUGGAGCAGGAGCUGAACGGCCAGAAGAAGGACAUCGAGGACCUCGAGCUGUCCAUUCAGAAGGGUGAGCAGGACAAGGCCACCAAGGACCACCAGAUCCGCAACCUCAACGACGAGAUCGCCCACCAGGACGAGCUCAUCAACAAACUCAACAAGGAGAAGAAGCAGCUCCAGGAGAACCAGCAGAAGACGGCCGAGGACCUGCAGUCGCAGGAGGACAAGGUCAACCACCUCAACAAGGUGAAGGCCAAGCUGGAGCAGACGCUGGACGAGCUGGAGGAUUCGCUGGAACGCGAGAAGAAGCUGCGCGCCGACGUUGAGAAGAACAAGCGGAAGGUGGAGGGUGACCUGAAGCUGACCCAGGAGGCUGUGGCCGACCUGGAGCGCAACAAGAAGGAGCUCGAGCAGACCAUUGCGCGCAAGGACAAGGAGAUCGCCUCCCUGUCCGCCAAGCUCGAGGACGAGCAGUCCCUGGUCAGCAAGCUGCAGAAGCAGAUCAAGGAGCUGCAGAGCAGGAUCGAGGAGCUGGAGGAGGAGCUCGAGGCCGAGCGCCAGGCGCGCGCCAAGGCUGAGAAGCAGCGCGCCGACCUGGCCCGCGAGCUGGAGGAGCUGGGUGAGCGUCUGGACGAGGCAGGUGGCGCCACCGCCGCGCAGAUCGAGCUCAACAAGAAGCGCGAGGCCGAGCUGGCCAAAUUGCGCCGGGACAUUGAGGAGCAGAACAUCCAGCACGAGUCGGCACUGGCCGGCCUGCGGCGACGUCACAACGACGCCAUCGCCGAGAUGUCGGAGCAGAUCGACCAGCUCAACAAGAUGAAGGCCAAGCUGGAGAAAGAACGUACUCAGUACGCGCACGAGGCCCAUGAUGCCAGGCAGGCGGUUGAAAUGGUGAACCGCGACAAGGCCGCCGCGGAAAAGAUGAACAAGAUCCUGCAGCAGCAGAUCAAUGAGGUCACGUCCAAGCUGGACGAGGCCAACCGCACGCUCAACGACUUCGACGCCUCGAAGAAGAAGCUGACCAUUGAGAACUCCGAGUACAGCCGUCAGUUGGAGGAGGCCGAGAGCCAGAUCUCGCAGCUCUCCAAGCUGAAGGUGUCGCUGACGACCCAGCUGGAGGACACGCGCCGCAUGGCUGACGAGGAGUCGCGCGAGCGUGCCACCAUCCUGGGCAAGUUCCGCAACCUGGAGCACGACCUCGACUCGAUGCGCGAGCAGGUGGACGAGGAGGCCGAGCACAAGGCUGACCUGCAGCGCCAGCUGAGCAAGGCCAACGCAGAGUCGCAGAUGUGGCGGCAGAAGUAUGAGCAGGACGGCCUGGCCAGGGCGGAGGAGCUGGAGGAGCACCGGCGCAAGCUGGCGGCGCGUCUCCAGGAGGCCGAGGAGCAGCUCGAGUCGCUCAACACCAAGAACAUCCAGCUGGAGAAGCUCAAGUCUCGGCUGUCUGGAGAGCUGGAGGACAUGCACAUGGAAGUGGACCGCGCCCAGCAGCUCGCUAACGCCAUGGAGAAGAAGGCGCGCAACUUCGACAAGAUCAUCGGCGAGUGGAAGAUGAAGGUGGACGACCUGUCCGCCGAGCUCGACGCCUCGCAGAAGGAGUGCCGCAACUACAGCACCGAGCUGUUCCGCAUCAAGGCCGCCUUCGACGAGUCGCAGGAGCAGCUCGACUCGGUGCGCCGUGAGAACAAGAACCUGGCCGAUGAGAUCAAGGACCUGAUGGACCAGAUCGGCGAGGGCGGCCGCAACGUGCACGAGAUCGAGAAGUCGCGCAAGCGCCUCGAGGUGGAGAAGGAGGAGCUGCAGGCGGCGCUGGAGGAGGCCGAGAGCGCGCUGGAGCAGGAGGAGAACAAGGUGCUGCGCGGCCAGCUGGAGCUGAGCCAGGUGCGCCAGGAGAUCGACCGGCGCAUCCAGGAGAAGGAGGAGGAGUUCGAGAACACGCGCAAGAACCACCAGCGCGCGCUCGACUCGAUGCAGGCGUCCCUCGAGGCCGAGGCCAAGGGCCGCGCCGAGGCCAUGCGCAUGAAGAAGAAGCUCGAGUCGGACAUCAACGAGCUGGAGAUUGCGCUGGACCACGCCAACAAGGCCAACGCCGAGGCGCAGAAGACCAUCAAGCGCUACCAGAACGAGAUCAAGGAGACGCAGGCGCGCCUCGAGGAGGAGCAGCGCGCCCGGGACGACGUGCGCGAGCAGCUGGGCAUCUCGGAGCGGCGCGCCAACGCCCUGCACGGCGAGCUGGAGGAGAGCCGAACCCUGCUGGAGCAGGCCGACCGCGGCCGCCGCCAGGCGGAGGCGGAGCUGGCCGACAACCACGAGACGCUGGCAGACGCACAGGCCAACUUCGCCGCGGCGAGCAUGGCCAAGAGGAAGCUGGAGGGAGAGGUGCAGUCGCUGCAUGCCGACCUGGACGAGAUGCUCAACGAGGCUAAGAACUCAGAGGAGAAGGCCAAGAAGGCCAUGGUGGACGCCGCCAGGCUGGCUGAUGAGCUGCGCGCCGAGCAGGAGCACGCUCAGACUCAGGAGAAGAUGCGCAAGGCGCUGGAGAUCCAGGUCAAGGAUCUGCAGGUGCGAGUGGACGAGGCGGAGCAGAACGCCAUGAAGACGAGCCGCAAGAUGAUCCAGAAGCUGGAGGAGCGCGUCAGGACGGUGGAGCAGGAGCUGGACUCUGAGCAGCGUCGUCACAGCGAGGCGCAGAAGAACCUGCGCAAGACCGAGCGUCGCAUCAAGGAGCUCAGCUUCCAGGCGGACGAGGACAAGAAGAACCACGAGCGCAUGCAGGACCUGGUCGACAAGCUGCAGCAGAAGAUCAAGACGUACAAGCGGCAGAUUGAGGAGGCGGAGGAGAUUGCCGCCCUCAACCUGGCCAAGUUCAGGAAGGCGCAGCAGGAGCUGGAGGAGUCGGAGGAGCGCUGUGACCUGGCCGAGCAGACUCUGGCCAAGUUCCGCGCUCGCGGUCGCGGCGCCUCUGCCGUCCGUGGCGCCAGCCCGAUGGCGAUGUAAACGACCUCUAACUUGACUCAGGACAAACAUUUCCAUCGUGAAUGGCCACCGGUAAGCCCCCGUCCGGCAUGGCCAAGUAUCACAUGCUGACCUCUAUGGACAACCUGGACAUGUAAAGCUUCGCGAGUCGCCGCUAGUAGCGCCACUAGCCACCGGCGGCGAAUCCACGGACGAAAGACUGACGACAGAGACGGAGUGAGUGGCGGAGCACACGCGAUACAAAAUGGCAGCCACCUACUGGCGUGACGUCACGGAUCAGCCGGCGACAAAGCCUCCGGUGUGGCGCCCGCGGGCGGAAACAAGAUGGCGGCGGCGCGGCAUUCGGAUGGAGUCUGCGUCAGCUGACGCCCGAGACGACAGCGCACGCGCGUUAGUGUUUUCCGUGGCGACCUUUCUACGAACUUGUGUACCCAACAUGCAUGAUCCGAAAACGUAAAGGACGGUUGAAUAAAUAGCUUGGUGAACCCA